AACUUACUUACACAGAUACUGACUGAUUCUGUUGUAACCUGCGCCUUGACAGCUUCAUCCAGCGUUUCUCAAACCAAACUUCGGGCACAUUUAAAUUUUAUUUUUUAAUCGUAAAUACUCUUCUUCGUUUCCAUCCCCAGAAAUCAGAAGGUUAAGCUGGUUUAACUAGGUUACACUGGUGUUUUGGUGCCGGUCAGCGUGUUGUUUUCGGAGGUCAGCGGGUCUCCAGGUGAAACCAGCACGCCGUCCAGAUGCUUUCACAGGGCAGGUGUGUUUCCUCCCGGCUGAUCAGGCCGGCCUCGUGGAUUCCUUUCUGGCUGGGUUCUGAGCGGAGAUUCGCCAGCACUCUGCAGAAAGAGUUGAUAAAGAAGCGUGACCUGGAGAAAGAUGAGCUUCGCCCCCUCUAUAUGGACUUCCAGGCCACCACACCCAUGGAUCCUCGGGUGCUUGAUGCUAUGCUGCCCUACCAGGUGAAUUACUAUGGUAACCCUCACUCCAGAACACACGCCUACGGCUGGGAGAGCGAGAGUGCCAUGGAGACAGCCAGGAAGCAGGUGGCUGAUCUGAUUGGAGCAGAUCCCAGAGAGAUCGUCUUCACCAGCGGAGCCACUGAGUCCAACAACAUGGCCAUCAAGGGUGUGGCCAGGUUCUACCAAGCCAAGAAGCGUCAUGUGAUCACCACACAGACAGAACAUAAAUGUGUUCUGGACUCGUGUCGAGUUCUGGAGGCUGAAGGAUUCAGCAUCACCUACCUGCCGGUCCAGAAGAACGGACUGCUGGACCUUGAGCUGUUGGAGGCCUCCAUCCGUCCUGACACCUCUCUGGUGUCGGUGAUGACGGUCAACAACGAGAUUGGAGUCAAGCAGCCCAUCAAAGAAAUCGGGAAGAUUUGCCGUUCUAAGGGAGUUUUCCUCCACACUGAUGCUGCUCAGGCUGUCGGAAAGAUUCCCAUAAAUGUCUCGGACUGGAAAAUUGAUCUGAUGUCCAUCAGUGGUCACAAGAUCUACGGACCCAAAGGCGUGGGUGCUUUGUUUGUGCGUCGUCGGCCCCGGGUUCGUUUAGAGCCACUGCAGAACGGGGGCGGGCAAGAGAGGGGGCUGCGUUCUGGGACUGUCCCGACCCCACUGGCUGUUGGGCUGGGAGCUGCCUGCAGCAUUGCCCAGCAGGAGAUGGAGUAUGAUCAUCACAGAGUGUCAAUGCUGGCUAAUCGUCUGGUCCAGAAGAUCAUGUCUGAGAUUCCCGAUGUCGUCAUGAACGGAGAUCCAGAACAACGCUACCCUGGCUGUGUCAACCUGUCCUUUGCCUAUGUGGAGGGAGAGAGUCUGUUGAUGGCGCUGAAGGAUGUUGCUCUCUCAUCUGGAAGCGCAUGUACUUCAGCAUCUCUGGAGCCAUCAUACGUCCUCAGAGCAAUUGGAGCCGAUGAAGACCUGGCUCACUCUUCCAUCAGGUUUGGUAUUGGCAGAUUCACCACAGAAGAAGAGGUGGAUUACACAGCAGAAAAAUGUAUCCAACACGUCUCUAGACUCAGAGAGAUGAGUCCUCUGUGGGAGAUGGUUCAAGAAGGCAUUGAUCUGAAGAGCAUCAAGUGGUCGCAGCACUAGACUCCUCCCACUUCCUGUUUAUUCCCUGGCUGACGACGUUGACGACAAAGACAAAGAUGAUGAUUCCCGGGGAAAUCGGGACUAGACCAGCUUUUCCUUCUUGCAUACAAACACGCACAAACUUCCUGUCUGACUUGAAGUCUGUUUGUAGCUGUAGUUCUCUGUAGAGGCUCUGUCAGGAGAUGUUGCUCAGAGUUGUCCAACACAUCAAUUCUCUUGUAGAUCACCCAGCUUCUUUUUCCACUUGACUGAAAGGUUCCAACAGGCCGCCUGGCUCCUGUAUCAUGAGGUCAGUUCAUCGUAGUCUGGCUCCUUUUUAUAUAUUCUUAGGGCAUUUUCACAUGAAAGAGGAGUUCUUAAUUACAGUCAGAAGAAGAGGAAGUGAUUAUAGGAUUAAUAUCAAGGUGAGACUGAAAAUUGGUUUGCAACUCGCCCUGUCAGAAUAACUUAUGUUUUUCCAGUCAUCUGACUGAUCAGUAUUGGACCCUGAACAGGUUUUUAUCUGCUCCUCUGAAGUGAACUUGUUCUAGAGCAGAAUGUCCCUGCAGCAUAGGUUACCUUAGUGAUCUAAACUGGUUUAAAGUGAGGGUUUUGUUAAACGCAACAAUAACUGAAAGAACUGCUAAUCUCACUUCAUGAUACAGGCUCUGGUCAGCACCUAAGCAAAGCAAUGACCCAAGUGGCACAGCAGACAAGCUGUUGAUGGCAACUUAAGGCAGAGGACUUGAAUUCACUGAGUUGAUGACACACUAGCAAUUUGUUGCAGAACUUAUCACUUGAUAAUUCACAUAUUGUCUCCUGUCCUCUGUGUGUCAGUACUCACGCUCAUGGUUUUCCUUUCUCUUCCCACAUCAGUUUACAAUACGCAGCAGUAUUGUGUCAGUGUUAGCAGCCACAGUUUGAUUAUAUUUUUCCAAGUCUGCAUAGUCUACAUGACUGUAGCCCUGUUUUUAAGUUUUUCAAGGUUCUGGAGAGUAAACGGCUGAGGGUCUGGUGCACCAGGUCCAAAAGAUGACUAAGACUCAGGGUCACACUUGUGUGACAUAUUUGUGCCUGAGGUUGUUGAUGGAAAUCUGCCGGUGAUCCUGAAAGUCUGAACAAAAAAAUUUAAACUUGGUAAAGGUUCUCUUGUAGUCCAAGCAGAUUUCUAAAGUCUUGAAUUGUGUUCCCGGAUCUAGUCAGCUGAGCCCAUACAGGUCAUAUUUAUUGGACUCCUGCAUCUACUCUCUUUUAUAGUUACUCUCAUCUUAUCGAUUACUAUCCAAUAAAGUGCUGCUUCAUGAUUAUGCAAUAAAGUUGUUUUUUUUAAGUUUUCA